UAGAGGAGUUGGGUACAUAUUCAUAGCAAAGUCUGAUUUAUUCUGAGCAGUGAUGGCAAAGCGAACAAGGAGACUGAGAGACCAGCUUCCAAACUGUUACUAUGAAGGAUACCUGGAGAAGAGCUCAUUCAAAGAUGAGACAUCUCGGAAACUGUGGACUGCUCUGUGUGGAAACGUGCUUUUUUUCUUCAAUGAUAAAAGAGACUGUGGCUACAUAGAGAAACUGGAUCUCAGUGGAUUUAUCUCAGUAACAGAUGACACCAGAAAGGACUGUAACUCGGAGGAAGCCCGAUUCAACCUCCAGAUGAAGAAUGGAACUAUCAAAUUCACUGCCCCAAAUACAGAAGCUCGUGAUUUAUGGAAAGGCUAUAUCCAAUCUGUGGCUGAGCUGGCUGUGCCCACCUCUUUGAAUCUGCUCCCAGGUCAGAUCCACAUGCUGACAGAAGCAGUAGAAAAGGAAAAAGAGAGAAAACAAAAGAUCCCUCCAUCUGCUGAUGCCGACUGUAAUUCAUACGUCACCGUCCAAGCGGACAUGCCAGCCUGUUACCACAGUGUGUCCCGCCUGGAGUCAGAGCUGCUGCUUGACAGAGAAGCCAAAAGAGGAAACCUGCUGCUGAGGCCCGGGAGUGAUGGAAAUUCCUUCGCUGUCAGCACCAGACAGGAUGGUGACAGUCCUGUAUUCAAACACUACCGUGUGAUCCGAAAACAUGACGGGGGCUUCAUCAUUGAUGUGGAUCCUCAAGUUCUCUGUUCCACACUGCAGGAUGUGAUAAACUAUUUAGUGGAAACGACUGAUGGCACUUUGAUUCCCCUCAUCAUUGAGGAACCAUAUGAGAAGAAAAUCUCUUAUAUUUCGUCUGAUAAUGAAAACGGAGAGAAGAGUCUUCAGCAGGCCUCGCUAAAUGCUGUCUCACUCGUCCUUCCUCCCAAACCAGUGUCUCGAAACACACCAUCUCCUGAACCGGAGCCAGCCCCAGUCGAAGAGAGCUGGUAUUUGAAUGACAAAUGGAAUGAGGAAAAAAAAGAGACGAAAGACUCCUCACCCAACGCGCUGCCACAGAAGAAAUGCUUGAAGGUUCCACUGAUGCCUCCAACUCCUGUACCUCGCAAAUUUUCCGCCUCCUCUGCCACAAACCAGGAUCUGAGGCCGAGCAGCAUUUUGGACGCUAAUAAACAGAUUCCUCUUGCAGCAUUAUCAGAGCUGAAACUUAAGUUGGAACAAAAGGGAAAGUACCAGGAGUGACCGUUCCUGAUGGGAACCUCUCAAAACCAUCUGUGAAAAUAUGCCAAAGCUGCUGAGUCAGUGUCCCUGCAAGAUGAAACAACACACACAAAAAUAACCUCUUCGUGCUUCGCGGUGUGGCUCCGCUCCUCCUCGUUGGCAGCAAAGCCUCUCAGAAGAUUAACGCUUUAUUGAUUUGCCUCUCUUGGACACUCAUUAGCAAUUUAAUCGACUGUAAGGAGCAGUGCACAAGUCACAUUAUCUUCACCCUCCUUCUCUUGUAUAUUUUGCACAUUUGCCAUUGAGUGUUUUUUUUUUUUUUUUUUUUUUUUUUCUUGUUCUGGUGGAUCAAAUGUUUUUUAAUUUUUUUUUUUUUAAAACAUAACUCCAAUGGCUAUAUUAUCUCUGCCUUACAGAUGUGAGUUUCAUAUAUAUAUACUUGUGUAUUAAUGCCUGUCUUUGGUGUGGUGUGAACCCUCAGUGAAGGUAAAACAGAAAUGACACCUUUAGUUAUUUUCUGUGUGAAUGUAAUGUAUAUAGUUUUUAAUUUUUUAGUGAAGUAAAACUUGCUUCUGUCACAUGAGGUCGUGUGAACAAGCAAAAUCUAGUAUGUGCUAUGCAGCAGUUGGAUCAGUUUUAUGAAGGGCUGUACCAGGUCCAUUUCCUGUUUUUACACAUUUAUACAGUCUAAACUUUGUCUGACUUUUUUUUUUUUUUAUUCUCUUUUGAAAAAGACAUCCAAGAACAAAAGUUGCUCU